AUGCAGAAUUCGAUAGAUAUUGGCUGGCUUGAUGUUGGCACCCGUGAAGAUUCAAAGUUUGCAAUCCAAGACCAUGGCCGGCUGCGACGUGUGAUCUCCGAGUUGGAGGACCAAGAUAACCAAUAUCCAUCAUUAUGUGUAUUCCUCGGUGGGAAAACCAAGAAUUACGCUCUUCAGCAGCUCUACCCUCUGAAUAAUAUAAGGAGGCAUGAAUCCGAGGCUCCAAUAAAGCUGCGAUACGAUGUCGCUUCUUUGCAGAGCCCCCAGCCAUUUUUGUUGGCUGAUGGUGAUAUCCCGAACACCGACAAAUUCUAUGCUGCGAAGAGACUUGAUGCCGGUGUUGGGCAUCCCGUUUCUUGGAACAACCAUUCUGCGGCCAAAAUCCUACUAGUGCUGUGGUCACGGUUGAUAUUUGUCUUCACGGAUGUAGUUUGUAUAUUCAUCGACGACAAUGCAUGUCUUGAAAAAGUCGUACGCUUUCUCGUCAGCUGUUUGCAGCUUCGUUCUGCGUCGUCCUUUCCAAGCCAAAAUUUACCCCGAGCGAUAUUUAUUUAUGGUCCAUUGGUGACCAAAGAAGAGAGGGGAAUACCUGAUAUAGAAUUACUCUACCGGAAAGUACAAGAAAGCGGGUAUAAUGAUCUAUCGGGGUUGUUCUCCAGCUCUAUAUCUUUAGACCUGCAGUAUCAUCUCUCUGAUACGACAAGAUUCCAACGAAUCAAAGCAUCGAUCACAGAGCAGGUCGACGCCAUUUCCUCCAUUCGACAAGAAAAUCAAGCUCGGCUGAAUGGGACGCACUUGAUGGCAUUAUUCCAAUCAGCGAUUUAUCACACCUUAGAGGAUAUAUCUCAUCCGUUCGAUUUUGUGAAAGCUACAAGGAAGGAUCGCCCUGUUAGUCCAUGCGCAGAGCCACAUUUGGCGCAUUAUCUUGAGAUUGGCCACCGCGCCAAUCUCUCUCUCUCCGCAUUGGCCCCCACAAUUUCGUCUGCUCUUUUUAUGGACCACUAUGUGCCCGAAAUGCUUGCCAUAAACCCCCGCAUGGUAUUUGGAAUUUUGUAUCGGUCUGCUGUUAAUACAGCCUAUUACAUUUCCAAGGAACUAUGGCCCGGUGUGUGUCCCGCAAGAGAAACUGAUCUAGUUGAGCUUCAUUUUUUGCUCUUAUAUAAACGAUUCUCGGAGAACGCAGUCUCCUCAAUAAAUUUACGCAAAGAACAACUCAAGUCCUUGAGUGGUCAGGUGGCUCGCUUGAAAAGCAGUCGUAUCUGUCUGGUCUGCCUUCUACGUUCCGCACAACAUGUUCUAGCAUGUGGACAUACAGUCUGUGACCGCUGUGCUCAGAUUCUCGGAAGCCCUACUUCCGGGCUGGAAUAUCAGUUCACAAUCAAAGGCUGUCUGUAUUGUCUCUAUCAGAGGCCGUUAGUGGUGGAUGUUCUACCGCCAACUAUGAGCCCCACAAUUCUUGCUAUCGAUGGUGGUGGAGUUAGGGGGGUUAUUCCGUUAGAGUUUCUCCUACUGGUGCAGGAACACCUGCGCCCGUGCGCGAUACAAGGUGUGAUCGAUCUCGCACUCGGCACAAGUUCCGGUGGACUUAUCGCCCUAGGUUUAUUCGCAAUGGCCUGGGAUGUAACGGACUGCUCGGAGCAAUUCAAUACCUUGGCAUGUCGCAUUUUCCGUGAAAGACGCCAAAUAUUUGGUUUUACAUCUGUCUUUGGAAACAUGGCUAAAUGGGUUCAAUGGCUCUUACAUGACAGCUGCUACGAUUCGCGGGUCUUCGAUGCUGCCCUGAAAAAUGCGUUUGGGGAGCAUCGUCGUAUUUUUGGUGCCUCUCGAGAAGAUCCACCGGGACCACGACGCUCCGGCCCGAAGGUCGGAGUGGUAACCACGAGCAUUUCCAGGGACACAGGUGCUUUUGUGAUGGGGAACUUCAACGCGUCUCAUGACUCAGGAGACGAAAACGGCAAGUUCAAGGGAAGAGCGACCGCCGCGGCCCCAUUUUAUUUUACCCCUGUGGAUCUGCAGGGAAUCGGUUCCUUUCAGGACGGUGGACUAAAGUACAAUUUCGCGGGAGAGAUUGCACAUCAAGUCUCGCGCCAAAUCUGGCCCACAGCCAUGGGAUCUCCAAGGAUGCUGUCACUGGGCACCGGAAAAGCGCAGUCAAGAGACCAGACUCCUCAUUUCCGUCACGUCUUUUGUGACAGUUUCAUACGCCGGGGAUUUGAUGCAUGGAUGUCUACCAUGGAGACAGAUAGCGAUUGGAAGAAAUGGAGGGGUCGUCUGAAUGAUUCGGUCAAAAGUGACAGUCAUCGCUUGGACGUGCCUCUCGGAAAUGCGCCUCACACCAUUGAUGCUGUCGAGGCCAUGGAGGAAUAUCGCAAUCUUGUCAUCCUCCAAACCGGUAGUGCACGGAUGGCACGGGAUGCGGCAACCACCCUGCUCAUCUCUAGAUUAUUCUUUGUCGUCGGCUCAUUGCCAGAAAAUACCGCGACACCAUUCUGGUGUCGCGGGUCAGUGCGCUGUAAAGGGCCGGCUCGGCUGGUGAUCUUAGCUUUGGAAAAUCUUUACCCUGAUGGGCUUGAGUAUGUCUCAGAUGGUGGAUUGAUCGACAGGUUUGGGGGUCUGGACAGUCUCUGCGCCUCAUGUGGACGCUACAGCCAGUCCAUUUCUUUCUUGACUAGCCACCUGGAAUACACGGUGAAUAUAUAUUUACAGAGCAGCUCGAAAACGCGCUGGAGAAUUGGCGGGUUUCCGGAGAGUGUGGCAUCGUUUGUUGCAGCGCAAGGCCUGCGGUCUGCUUUUGGUCGAGACGACCAUGGGUAUCCUUGCCGCCAACCUUGCCAGAGCUGUGACAUGAUUGGAAGUCCCGUCAGGGGUAGGAGACGCAAGCGCGAACCAAGAUCCUCCGGCGAUGUCUACCCACGGAAACGCGUACUCGUCUAA